GCGGAUGUGCAAGGGCUGGUGUACUACAAUGGCAUGUGCGGCUAUUGUGGCAAGAACAGGUGCCACCUUUAUUGCGGUAUGGUGGGACAACAAAAAUCAAACGGAACACAAUACUAUCCUGCUAUGCUCCGCCCAAGUGAUCCAUACAACGUCAAAGGAUGUUCUCAUGAUGACAUACUGUUGGCUUCUGUCCCUUCACCAGCAAGUGCACAAUAUUCUGCUAAUCUUGAGCAGCUAGUUUCCUCUCCAAGUCUUGCAGAG